UAAAAAGUGGAAAGUUUGCGAUUUGCACGGUAAAAUGUCGCUAACUAUAGUUAAAUAUCGCAAGACACCGGAAGGAAUUGUGCCCAUAACGCCCAGUGUGGUAUUCCGGUCUAAAGGGCCACUGCAGCCACAACAAAUGUUAAAGAAGCUAACAGGCACAAGCAUUGCGCUCGGCAAGAUACCAGCCGGUUCUCCCAUCAAGCCGAGUAUGAAACGAGUCGCUUAUACAUCAACUGGUGCUCCACUGGUCAAGACACCGAAAUAUGUACUGCAGUCAGGUAGCUAUGCGGGGACAUCUACUUGGUCAACACCUCUGCUCAACAUUAAAAAGGAAUCGCUAGGCGAUGCGAUCAGUUCCCUGCCACCCAAUACGAUAAUCAAGGCAACGACAAGACAACCGAUAGUUACGAGCGCCACCACCUCAUCCUUCCCAACCUAUGCUGCACCUGCACCAGCGCCCGCUGUGGCUUCAGCUGUGCGACAAGCGGUGUUCCUCAAGCGCGAUAUGCAGCAACGAACGAUGCGCAGCAUGACAUUGAGUGCGAUUGAUAUGGCCUCCAUGCUGCAUCUGGGCAUCUCCAGUUCACAUUUGCCACUGUUCAAGCGUCACAUUUGCAAGUUUGCCAAUUUGCCGCAUCUGGACUGUUGCAUAACGCUGCGUAAGCUGCGUCUCAACGAACCCUUCACGUUGCUCGCCGAGCUCUUCGAGCUGUGCGAAUCGGAUGUUGAGCAAACAUUUAAACGCACCCUGAGUAGGCUGACACGCUGUCUGCGUCCGCUCAUUCGCUGGCCCGAUGGCAAGCAUUACUCGGAGCGCCUCAAACAUUUGCCACUGGCCUACAGAGCCAACCUGUUGCAUGUCCGCUCGUUGAUUGAGUGCGUCGAGACGGAUGUGAGUGAAACGCUUAAUUUCGGUUGCGCCAGCUACAAGUUUAUACUGUGCCUCAAUACGAAUGGAAUUAUCAGCUUUGUGUCGGAUGCCUUUCGUGGUGAUUGCGACGACCUGCAGCUGUUUGAGGCGAGCCAAUUUAAGGACGUCAUACCCAAAUAUCUAACACUGUGCGCGGAACCAGGCAAGUCAGUCAAACGCUUGCCCAAGACUAAUGCGAUUGACGAUGAGGAUCUGGAUUAUGAUGCUCAGCCUAAACAGUCGCUGAGCAAAUACGAAGAGCAGCGUUUGAGUGGCCAGUUGGCCAACCAGCAAACGCUGUCGAUAACGGAUGGAGUACUUUCGUCCACGCGUGCCCCACAGUUGCAACUGCCAACGCUGCGCGUAAAUGAGCCCGCCUGUCGCACACAGAUGCGGCAGGCAGUCGAUAUGCUGCGUGAAUUUAAGAUGCUGGAUCAUUGUGCGUUGCAGCAAACGUCGCUUCUGGGGCACCUCAACGAAAUGUUGAUUGUCGCGGCGGCCCUCUGCAAUCUACAGCAGCAAUAAUUUUGCCUAACUUAAAUGAUUUUAACACCUGUUUUAAGGUUGUUAAACCUGCUAUUAUGUACACAAUUUGUUAAAAUAACAAUUAAAAUGUAUUUUUGUAAA